UAAGUAAGAGUCGGUCAGAGGUGAUCAGUCAGUCAAAGUGGUUACAGAGAAGCAAAGUGGGAAAAGUAAACUUGCUGCCUUCGGAUACACCUCGACAACAUUUCACGACGAUGGGUGGCUUUUGGCUGAGAGAGGCAACAAAGUGGAUACUACUAUUGAAUCUUGCCAGCACUUUAUGGAAUCCUCCGUUUGUCAGAAGCGAAACGUGCAAUUCCAAAAUCAGAAUAAGACCCGUUGUCGUCAUCUCUCCAAGUCCAGAAAAUGUCAGUUUAGCCGUUGGUGCCUCCAUAACUCUGAUUUGUAAAGCAGAGCCGAGAACUAUAGAUAGAGGGUACAUGGAUAGAUGGGUCAAGUAUAUUCAAUGGUACAACCCAAAUGGUACAGAAGUUGGAGCAAAAUGCCAGCAGCCUUCAAGCAUAUUUGCAUAUAAAAGAAAAUUCAGCUGCCCAUUGGUUUUUAAAAAUCUGACAGAAGAUGAAUUUGGCCACUAUAUUUGCCAAGCGGGCAAUCAUUAUAGAAAGCACUGCACAAGGCAAUCAUUUACAAUAGGCUCUGCACCGGUUUUUUUGGAGGUUCCAAGGAAUCAAAGUGUUUACAUAGAUUCCAAUGUCACUUUCGAUUGCAAUGCUACUGGUCUUCCUAAGCCAAACAUCUCAUGGAUCAAGAACGAUGAUUUUAAUACCUUGCAAUCCAAUUCAAGCGCAAAGGACAAGAAUAGCAUCCACAGUGAGCUCUUCAUAACGAAAGUGAAGAAGAAGGAUUUUGGCGGAUAUAAAUGCGUGGCAAUUAACAGCAUUGGAAAAAAGGUAUCAUUAUCGGCCUUCUUAAGCCAGAAAGAAAAGCGGGAAGACCCAAAAACCAAAAGUAAUUCAGUUGGUUCCAACGGAACUUUUAGCCUCACUGCCUGUUGUCAUUACAAGCCAAACAAUAGCAAUGGUUCAAAUGUUUCCAAAACCAAUUCAAAGGUAAAGGUCGUUGUAACUUCAGAUGCCACAAAAUGCCACAGUAUACUAAGCGUAGAGCUUAUAAAGGAGAAGACGAACGAAGAUGAAGGCACGUAUCAAUGCCGAACAGCCGGAAAGAGGGAGUCAAAGUUAGCCUCUUUACACGCAAAGGAAGAAAUAACCGAAACAAAACUGCAGGAAAGCUCAACUAGUCAGAUUGCGAUAGUAAUCGCUGCAUCUUGUGUGGUGGUAACCCUACUUAUCAAUGGUGUUUUGGGGCUUUCGUGGUACAAGCGAUUUAAAGGUGGAAAAAAGUCGGAGGGACAGCGAAACGUCACUGGGGUCCAUAUGAGCAAUGGCAGACACCCAACAGUCCUAAUUGCGCAGGAUAUUGAAGAACCCUGGUCGCUUGGAGCAAAGAACAUGGGAAGGGUCGACGAAAUGCUCGUGCUGUGUGCAGUGGAGAAUCGUUUGGGUGACGUGGAACAUUGAUGGAACGAAUUAUAGACGACGCUUGCUGGCCACAGUCUUUUUUAAAUUUGCAUUUUAUUAGUAUUGAUGUGGAAAGAUUGAAUCAUCAAUUUCUAGUUUUAAUCAUGUAUUUGUAGUUUUAAUCAUGUAUUUGUAGUUUUAAUCACGAAUGUAAUUUCCCAUUACUUUUUACUUCUUAGACUUGACUAAGACACGACCACAUCAGCUAGACAGUAAUUUGUCGUGGAUAAAUAAAUACCUUCAUUAGUAUGUAACACUUGUUUUAGUAUAUUAUUUGAGGUGAUAAAGGGCCGUAACACUCUAAAAAGGAAACGUAACAUGGGGGCUCAAUCUGGCACCUGACCAACUAACUUCACAAAGUUAUGUAGGCUCCGGGAAUAUUUUCACCGACGAUAAUAAGGGAUAUGAAUCGAGGGGAGAGAUAUCAUUUAAUUAGCUUAAGAAUGCCUUGUCUGUUGGUCCUACAUGAGAUUUGAAUCUUUCUAUGAUGUUCUCGGAUGUCUGACGUAAGAAAGAAUUAUUUACUUCUAAUCAGACAGUUUCUAUCUAUUGUUUCGCGAAGUUCAUGAAUUUUUUUCAAGUCUGAAAUUCAGAUAAGGUGGUUAAAAGGAUGUCAAAGCUAUUUUAAAAUGAUAAAACCUAAGCUAAUGUAACUUGAGUCGAUUCAAGGUUCAAUAAAAUUUGCUGGCUCGCAGGUUUGCUUGAGCUUAGUUGAAUAAAUGGGGUAAAGUUCUAAAGAACCCGUGGUGCUGCGUCGGUGGAGAUGUAUGACGAGCUAAUUUGGUUUUAUUAACUGUGUUGAUAAUGUAAACGGCCACUAUAAAAAGUCUCUUAAGCCCCGUUAAAAAAGGCGAGAUAGAUGAUGAUAGUUUCAGCCGUUUGAACGAGCGGAUGUUAGUGAGCCAUAACUUUUUUCUAACCUCAUAGCGCGCCAUAUUUGUGUACAAUAACGCAAUCUCAUAAAGUGAUUUUUUCAACUA